GCUUUAUUGACAAAAUUUUACCCGAAGACAAAGAUAUUCCCUUGAAAAAGCAGUUUAGAAAAGAUCUAUGGAUCGGAUCAUUGUUAGGAUUAUUUAUUUCACUGAUCAUUGGUGGUGUUUUUAUUGCUGUUUUCUACACUGUUGCUAGAAAUUUAUGGGAAGAUAGUGAACCUGCGUGGGAGGGAUCCUUUGCUCUCCUUGCCUCUAUCGUUAUAACUUUCAUGUCACUAAGUAUGAUUCGUGUUCAGCAAUGGAAACUAAAAUGGGAAAACAAACUCCAAGGUGCAACCGAGUCAUAUCUCGCACGACAUGAAAAAGGAAACAAAUGGGCGCUAAUUUUGCUGCCUUUCACUGUCAUUUGCCGCGAAGCAUUGGAGUCAAUUGUAUUUAUUGCUGGGAUUGGUUACAGCCAACCACCCACCGGCCUUCCUAUCCCUAUUAUUACGGGUCUUAUUACUGGCUUCGUCAUAGGAUGGCUUAUAUAUAAAGGCUCUCACACUGUUUCGCUUUCCGUAUUUUUCGUCGCCACAACUAUCUUAUUAUUAUUCAUUGCUGCUGGUCUUUUCUCUAGAGCCGUUCAUGAAUUUCACGAACUCAGUGGUAGUGAAGAGGUCGUUCUUUGGAAAUUAGAGUGUUGUGACCCAAAAAACAAUCACUUUUGGGCUAUCAUGGAUGCAAUAUUUGCUUGGAGAAAUGAAGCUACUGUCGAUACAACAGUUAGCUAUUUCGUUUAUUGGAUCGUAGUAAUUAUUGCGUCUGUGAUCAUCGUGAUCCGCGGAAAGAAAGCCGAUAAAAAGAACAUUGACACCAUAGAACACAGUGGUUCUAGCGAAAAAGACGAAAAAGAUGCAGCAGAAAUCAACGUCGUUUAA